CCCUUUCAAAGAUGGCCGCCCUGUUGUUUUGAUGAAUAAUACUUGGUGGGGCGAGGGGGAAAGAGUAGGGGUGGAGGGGUAGGAGGAUUUACUCUUCCAGCCAGAGCUACGCGCAUCCCAUCCUCCCCCUCCCCCCUACCCGGGCUCCGGCGUGGAGGCGGGGCGUGGCCGGCCUGCUUUGGGAGGGGAGGGGCUUCCCUUACAGUGCUGGGCUCUGCCAGGACGGCUGUGGGGUCGCCUUACCUCGGGGUAUCCACUCUGCAGUCGACCAGUUCCCGCCAGGGGCAAAGGGUAGGAAGAGAGCAGGAUCUGCUGUAGGAACGCAGCUACCGCGCCACUAUCACGAAGACACAGCAGGCUCGGAGCACGAGACGAACUGGAGACCGCGCUGCCUAGCUGGGUAACCUGGGAAGCAGAGGGUAGUAAGUGGCGCCUUAAGAUAACCCUGUAGCAGCAGCAGUGGCGGCCAAAGGAGGCUGCUCAGGGAACAAGCGACUGUAGUAGUCUCUGGGGCGAUUGGAGUGACCGGAGCCAAGGCAGUUCAGUGCCUCUCGUGUUCUUAUUUUUUAACCUCUGACUAUGCAAUUCUGAAACCUCCCCCAUUCGGGGGACCAGACAGCCUGAUAGACACCUUCCACUCUCCUUCCUCCCGCCGUGGUCUCGAGAACAGAAGGAUCUCUCCUUAACGCCUUUCACCAUUAAGAGGAAAGCGAUGGAGGAGCUGAGCGCUGAUGAGAUUCGACGGAGGCGCCUUGCACGACUUGCUGGUGGACAGACCUCUCAGCCAACCACUCCACUCACCUCUCCCCAGAGGGAGAACCCUCCGGGGCCUCCCAUAGCGGCAUCAGCCCCAGGACCCUCUCAGAGUCUUGGUCUCAAUGUCCACAACAUGACCCCAGCUACCUCCCCAAUAGGUGCAUCAGGAGUAGCCCAUCGAAGCCAGAGCAGUGAAGGAGUCAGUUCUCUCAGCAGCUCGCCCUCUAAUAGCCUUGAAACGCAAUCUCAGUCUCUCUCACGUUCCCAGAGCAUGGAUAUCGAUGGUGUCUCAUGUGAGAAAAGCAUGUCCCAGGUGGAUGUGGAUUCAGGAAUUGAAAACAUGGAGGUUGAUGAAAAUGAUCGAAGAGAAAAGCGGAGCCUCAGUGAUAAGGAGCCUUCCUCGGGCCCUGAAGUGUCUGAAGAGCAGGCCUUACAGCUGGUCUGUAAGAUCUUCCGUGUCUCUUGGAAGGACCGGGACAGAGAUGUCAUCUUUCUUUCUUCUCUUUCUGCACAGUUUAAGCAGAACCCGAAAGAAGUGUUCUCCGAUUUUAAGGACUUGAUUGGCCAGAUUUUAAUGGAAGUGCUAAUGAUGUCCACUCAGACCAGAGAUGAAAACCCAUUUGCCAGUCUGACAGCCACAUCACAGCCAAUUGCUGCAGCAGCACGGUCACCAGACAGAAAUCUCUUGCUAAACACUGGCUCCAAUCCAGGAACAAGCCCCAUGUUCUGCAACGUGGGUUCCUUUGGUGCCAGCUCUUUGUCUAGCCUCUAUGAAAGUAGUCCGGCUCCCACUCCCAGUUUCUGGAGCUCUGUUCCUGUGAUGGGCCCGUCUCUUGCCUCACCUUCCCGUGCAGCCAGCCAGUUGGCUGUGCCUUCCACUCCCCUCAGUCCUCACAGUGCAGCCUCUGGAACUGCUGCGGGAAGCCAGCCUUCAUCCCCGCGGUAUCGCCCCUACACUGUCACUCACCCAUGGGUGUCCUCAGGCGUCUCCAUUCUGUCGAGCUCCCCAAGUCCCCCUGCCCUUGCCAGUAGCCCCCAAGCAGUGCCCGCCAGCAGUUCCAGACAGAGGCCCAGCAGCACGGGUCCACCCCCACCACCCGCCUCACCCAGUGCCGCGAGCAGACGCCCCUCCUCCCUGAGGAUCUCUCCUAGUUUGGGAGCCUCUGGUGGAGCAAGUAAUUGGGAUUCCUACAGUGACCAUUUCACCAUUGAAACCUGCAAAGAGACAGAUAUGCUGAACUACCUCAUCGAGUGUUUCGACCGAGUUGGAAUAGAGGAAAAAAAAGCACCAAAGAUGUGCAGCCAGCCAGCAGUCAGCCAGCUUCUGAGCAACAUCCGCUCACAGUGCAUAUCCCAUACUGCUUUAGUACUACAAGGCUCCCUAACACAGCCCAGGUCCUUGCAGCAGCCGUCCUUCCUAGUGCCGUAUAUGCUGUGUAGGAAUCUCCCAUAUGGCUUCAUUCAGGAACUGGUGAGAACCACUCACCAGGAUGAAGAAGUGUUCAAGCAGAUAUUUAUCCCCAUUUUACAAGGCCUGGCUCUUGCUGCCAAAGAGUGCUCCCUCGAUAGUGACUACUUUAAAUACCCCCUCAUGGCACUAGGUGAGCUCUGUGAAACCAAGUUUGGGAAGACACACCCCGUGUGCAAUUUGGUUGCUUCUUUGCCGUUGUGGUUGCCGAAAUCCUUAAGUCCUGGCUGUGGGCGGGAGCUGCAGAGACUCUCUUACUUGGGGGCUUUCUUUAGCUUCUCAGUCUUUGCAGAAGACGAUGUUAAAGUGGUUGAAAAAUACUUCUCAGGGCCUGCCAUUACCCUGGAAAACACUCGUGUGGUUAGCCAAUCAUUGCAGCAUUACUUAGAGCUCGGAAGGCAAGAGCUUUUUAAGAUUCUGCAUAGUAUUUUGUUAAAUGGUGAAACCCGUGAGGCUGCUCUCAGUUACAUGGCGGCUGUCGUCAAUGCCAAUAUGAAGAAAGCACAGAUGCAGACAGAUGAUAGAUUGGUGUCUACAGAUGGAUUUAUGCUGAAUUUCCUUUGGGUACUGCAGCAGCUAAGUACAAAAAUCAAGUUAGAAACAGUUGAUCCCACGUAUAUUUUUCACCCAAGAUGUCGGAUUACUCUUCCAAAUGAUGAGACGCGUGUGAAUGCAACGAUGGAAGAUGUGAACGACUGGCUGACUGAACUCUAUGGCGAUCAGCCUCCAUUUUCUGAGCCGAAAUUCCCUACGGAGUGCUUCUUUCUCACCCUGCAUGCUCACCACCUCUCUAUUCUGCCUAGUUGCCGUCGCUAUAUCCGCAGACUCCGGGCUAUCCGGGAGCUCAAUAGAACUGUAGAAGAUUUGAAAAAUAAUGAAAGCCAAUGGAAAGAUUCCCCACUGGCAACUAGACACCGCGAAAUGCUGAAGCGCUGUAAAACUCAGCUUAAGAAACUGGUACGGUGCAAGGCCUGUGCUGAUGCUGGCCUACUUGACGAGAGCUUCCUGAGAAGAUGUCUGAAUUUUUAUGGCCUUCUCAUUCAGCUGCUGCUCCGCAUCCUGGACCCCGCAUAUCCCGAUAUAACACUGCCUUUAAAUUCAGAUGUCCCCAAGGUAUUUGCAGCAUUGCCUGAGUUUUAUGUAGAAGAUGUUGCAGAAUUUUUAUUUUUUAUUGUACAAUACUCUCCCCAGGCGCUUUAUGAGCCCUGUACUCAGGAUAUUGUGAUGUUCCUUGUUGUGAUGUUGUGCAACCAGAACUACAUCCGAAACCCAUAUUUGGUGGCCAAACUGGUAGAAGUCAUGUUUAUGACCAACCCUGCUGUUCAGCCACGAACCCAGAAGUUUUUUGAAAUGAUUGAGAACCAUCCUCUCUCCACCAAGUUGUUGGUACCUUCCCUGAUGAAGUUUUAUACAGAUGUUGAGCAUACUGGAGCCACCAGCGAGUUUUAUGACAAGUUCACAAUUCGCUAUCACAUUAGCACCAUUUUUAAAAGCCUUUGGCAAAACAUAGCUCACCAUGGCACCUUUAUGGAGGAGUUCAACUCCGGGAAGCAGUUUGUUCGCUAUAUAAACAUGUUGAUAAACGACACGACGUUUUUGCUCGAUGAAAGUCUGGAGUCUCUGAAGCGAAUCCAUGAAGUGCAGGAAGAGAUGAAGAACAAAGAACAGUGGGACCAGUUGCCCCGGGAUCAGCAGCAGGCUCGUCAAUCUCAGCUUGCUCAGGACGAGCGUGUGUCCCGCUCUUACCUCGCCCUGGCCACUGAAACCGUGGACAUGUUCCAUAUCCUCACGAAGCAGGUCCAGAAGCCCUUCCUCAGACCGGAACUUGGACCCCGAUUGGCUGCAAUGCUGAACUUUAAUCUUCAGCAACUCUGUGGCCCCAAGUGCCGUGACCUGAAAGUUGAAAACCCUGAGAAAUACGGCUUUGAACCAAAGAAGCUGUUGGACCAACUGACGGAUAUUUACUUACAGCUGGACUGUGCUCGGUUCGCGAAAGCCAUUGCCGACGACCAGAGAUCCUACAGUAAGGAAUUGUUUGAAGAAGUUAUUUCAAAGAUGCGGAAGGCAGGGAUCAAAUCCACAAUAGCGAUAGAAAAAUUUAAGCUGCUUGCCGAGAAAGUGGAGGAGAUAGUGGCCAAGAACGCACGCGCAGAAAUCGACUACAGCGACGCUCCUGAUGAGUUCAGAGACCCUCUGAUGGACACCCUCAUGACAGACCCCGUGCGGCUGCCCUCCGGCACCAUCAUGGACCGCUCCAUCAUCCUGCGGCACCUGCUCAACUCCCCCACGGACCCCUUCAACCGGCAGACGCUGACAGAGAGCAUGCUGGAACCAGUGCCAGAACUGAAAGAGCAGAUUCAGGCGUGGAUGAGAGAGAAACAGAACAGCGAUCACUAAACCGUUCCGCCGCCCACCCUCUGCUAGACACAGCCAAGGCCAACGAGGCAAGCAGAAGCAGCAGCCGCAGCGAAGCUGCCGUUCAUGUGUUGGAGGCCAAAUGUGGCAAACCACCCCAGGCCCACCCAGAGCGAGCAAACGCUGAGAACUGAAAGGACAUGGAUGAGAGGAGGAGCCCGGUUCCUGUACAUAUAUUUAAGUGACAAACACGGUCAAAAGCUUAAGGGACAGGUUUUAUGGUUGCUUGUGUAAUAAAGCACGUCCUUCGUAUGUCACAGUUUGGGGCAACGGAAGUCUUUUAGUGACGGCUAAUGGGUCUGGGCAGCAUCCCUUCAUGAAUUUUUUUUUAAUCCAAUAUCCGUUGAUUUGAUUGUGAUUAGAGAACCUUGGACAUUUUGCUGCUAAAGAAUCUUUUCUCCCCUCUCCCCCUUCCUGACCCUACUUGCACUGCUGUGGAUUUUUUUAAGAGAAGCAAAAACAAAAAUAAACUCCUUUCCCUGGCCCUCCAAACAUAUAUUCUGUGAGAUAACUGUGCCUGCUACCAAGUGUUAAUCCUGGGAUCGUAUUUUUAUAUCAUAUUCACAUAUUUGUUUUUUUAAUUGGUGUUAGAUGACAUGAUUAAUAAAAAAGGCAAGAUAUUUUCAGAAUUUGAAUUUCAGUUUUUUUUUUCUUUUGAAAUGUCCCUUUAAGAUUUUUUUAUUCUAAACAAAAUAAAGAAAAUCUUGCUGCUCUGGUCCUUGUGAUAAGCCUCUAUCAGGCAUCUGAGGAGCAGCUGCAGCAAAAUCUAGGGAUGUAAGUGUAUCAGGACUUAUGUGACUUACCGUAUUUUGGGGAGAUGAGGGUUGGGUUUUUUUUUAAUGCUACGUGACAGUUCGAAACCUUCACAGUUAUCCUCUGGGGGUAAAUCAGUUCUUCAAUCCUUGGGUGUAUGAGUUUGAGGCAGGGUCAUUUGUAUGAUGUGUUUGGCCUUACCAAAGCAAAAGAGGGUACAAGAAUGUGGGAGUAUGUCUGCCGGUUUCAACACACACAAACACAGCCACACGCACACACAAGUAUAAGACUUUUUGUAUUACUGCUCCCUACUUAACAUACUUGAAUUCUUGAAUUUCCUUUGGGGUAAAAAAAAAAAAAAGGAUUUGAAACCAUAAAGUGUUCUGAAGAAAUUAAGUCUAUAAAAAACAUACUUUCUUUUUUCUUUUCCUUUUUUCCCCUCCACAGACAAUGUCCUCUGUUCAAUUCCUAACGCAAACUACAAUAAAUGGUGAUACACAUUCAGAAGAAA